AUGUCAUCCACAAAUCCAGCGUUUAAACACUUACAAUUCUCGCUUGAAGAGGUUUUAAAGGCCACCAACAACUUUGAUGAUAAGUAUGUCAUCGGAAGAGGUGGUUACGGAAAUGUGUAUAAAGGACAACUCUUGGUGUCCGGAGAGAUUGUGAAUAUUGCUGCUCGCAGAUUAGAUCCAAAGCGUCGACAACGGGGGGAUGUUGAGUUUUGGAACGAGAUUACUAUGCUUUCUAGCCUCAAGCAUGAAAACAUAGUAUCUCUGAUUGGGUUUUGUGACGAGAAUGGUGAGAAGAUCAUCAUAAUCAAGCGUGAGGCCACCAAGGGAAGUCUCUCUGUGCAUCUUAGCAAGCCAACCCUUACAUGGAUUCAAAGAUUGAAUAUAUGUGUUGGCGUUGCGCGUGCUUUGAGAUACAUCCAUAGCGGUGAGGGGCGAGGUUCUAACGUUAUACACCGUAACAUCAACAGCUACACGGUGUUAUUAGAUGCUAAAUUUGAAUCCAAGUUAUCUGGUUUCGAAUAUUCUAUCAAACAAUCGGUUACUCGAACGCAACUUGUGCUUUCAGAAGCUAUAGGAACAAAAGGGUAUAUGGACCCAUCGAUUCUGAAGACGGGAGGUGUAACUCACAAGUCAGAUAUCUACUCCUUCGGAGUGGUUUUAUGUGAAAUAUUAUGCGGGAGGAAAGCUUCCAUUCCAGAUGGGGAAAAAAGAUUUUUAGCUACAUUGUUCAGAAUUCACUAUGAAAAGAGAUCAUUGAAUGAUAUAAUUCAUCCUGAUCUACGGCAUCAAAUGACCCAGAAAUCACUCAUCGAGAUCUCCAAAGUAGCAUAUUACUGCUUAAUGGAAAACAGCGCAAAACGUCCAAGAAUGGAAGAUAUUAUCAUUGUACUUGAGAAAGCAUUGGAACUUGAGAAUCUGAUCAAAAAGUUAGAUCACUUGAAGAUUCCGCUCAGUGAUAUACUAUCGGCCACCGAAAACCUUUCAGAUAGUUACUCAAUAGGGGAUAGAGAUUAUUGUUCCUUAUACGCAGCAGAACUUGAGCAUUUUGAUGAAGAAGGAAAUCGUUCCAUGAUCGAUGUAAAGGAUAACUAUGAACAAAAACCAGUGAGACGCAACACGGUUAUUAUAAAACGCGAUACUGUCUUUAAGCAAUCUAACAAUAUUGAAAACGGGGAAGAAGAAGAAGAAGAAGGACCAACAGACUUCAAACUUUUUGGGGAAUGGUUCUACAGAGAAAUUAACAUUCUUCACACUUGCACGCAUCCGAGCGUAAUCAAACUACUUGGAUUUUGUGUUGAAGGUUCUGAGAUGAUUAUUGUCGUUGAGUAUCUUUCUAAUGGGACCCUUAAUCAUUUGUGGUACGACGAAGACAAGCCUAGCCUUACGUGGGCACAACGAUUGAAAAUAUGCCUUAAUGCUGCAAAUGCAUUAAAUUACCUUCAUUAUGAGAUGGAGGACGGACAGAGUGUAACACAUCAUAAUCUACAUAGUGGAACCAUUGCCUUGGAUGAGAACUUGGGGGCCAAAAUAACAGACUUUGGGUUCUCGUCAUUACUGCCUCGGAAUAUUCAUAAUGAUAAUGAUUAUCUAUCGAUAGAUGCGUGCUACCUGGAUCCUUAUAUGGGUGAUAAGUACAAGAGAGAUUCGGAUGUAUAUACUUUCGGAAUAUUUAUGUUUGAAGUCCUAUGUGGGAGAGAAGCCAAUGACCCAAUAUCCGAAGAAGAGAGUAGUGACGAAGAAGAGAAUACUGACGAAGAAGAGAGUUUCAAAGAAACUAGUGACAUUGGGCUGGCGUUUGAGGCGAGACGAUGCUUCCAAGAUGGAACACUAAUGGAAAUGAUAGAUCCAUCAUUAUUAGAGAAAGACGACACUGGUGAAAAUAAUGGCUAUAUUCUAGAAAAAAGUACUCGUAGUAUGUCUGUGCAGAUAUAUAUAAGAAUUGCAUAUUGGUGCAUAGCCGAAUUUCGUGACGAACGUCCUACAAUGAAAGUGGUUGUCAAGGAGCUUCAAAAGGCAUUAUUCUUUCAGGUAACCUAUAGUUAA